GGAGGAAUGAUAUCACAAGGAAGUGGUGAAACCGAAACCCACGGCAAUGUUUGACAAUUGACUAGAUCUCCCUAUUGAGCAAAUCAGGUGUGGCAGCCAACAACACUUAAAUUUGUUUGGAUCAGUUUAAAGAGCCAAUUAAGCCAAAAUAAUUAGUACCUUCUCUUCCUAAUUGUCUCCUUCCCAAUAUCUCUCUCUUCAAGAACCCGAGUUGUCUGUUCUUGGAUGCACAUUUUCUCUGAAUUUUCAUGGCACAGCAAAAAGUGGUGGUGAAACUUAUGACAUUGACCGACGAGAAGACAAAACAAAAGGCAAUCGAAGCAGUUGCUGACAUUUUUGGAGUGGAUUCAAUUGCUGCUAAUGUGAGCGAUCAGAAGGUGACCAUAAUCGGGGAAAUGGACACGGUCGCAGUAGCCAAGAAACUGAAGAAACUUGGGAAGAUUGAUAUUGUAUCGGUUGGUCCAGCUAAAGAAGAAAAGAAAGACGAGAAAAAGGAUGAGAAGAAGGCCGAAGAUAAUAAGGCACAUGACAAAAAAUGACCACAAAAACACCUCAAAGAAACUGAUCCAUGAAUAUUAUCUCCGAACAUAUCCCUCUUUGUACAAAUUCUUGUCUGUUGAGAUGUGUGUUAAUUGAUUGUUCCCCCUUUUGCCGAUCUGGUCUCUGUAAAAUGAAGAAUUAUACCUUUUACAUUUUUUUGGUCUGUAAACGGUAUUUCCUCUAUACAUUCAUACUUCAAUACUCCCUCCAGUCCUUAUUAUAAAGCAUUUUGAUAUCUUUUAAAAUUAAAAUAAAAAUUUUAAAAAUAUUUCAUAAUAAUUAAGAGAACACAAGGAAUGUGA